AUGAAGUUGCUUCCGAUUCUCUCUCUUGUCGCUGCAGCGGCAGCUUUGCCGGCUACCAAUGAUAUUGCGCCGCGGGCAUCGAUGUCCAAGGUUGAUGGACUCAAGUUCAACAUAGACGGUGUUACAAAAUAUUAUGCGGGCACGAAUUCCUACUGGAUGCCAUUCCUGACCAAUGACAACGAUGUCGAUGUCAUCAUGGGCCACUUGCAGACGGCUGGUCAUAAGAUACUCCGAGUUUGGGGCUUCAACGAUGUCAAGACAGUUCCCGGUUCAGGCACAGUCUACUUCCAGUCCUUCUCCGGCUCCUCGGCAACCAUCAAUACCGGCGCCAACGGCCUUCAGCGUCUCGACGCCGUAGUCAAGGCAGCGGAAAAGCACGGCAUUAAACUCAUCAUUAACUUUGUCAACAACUGGACCGACUAUGGAGGAAUGGCAGCCUACUACUCAGCCUGCGGCGUCAGCAGUAACGCGCAGUGGUACGCCGCAGCAAAGUGCCAAACAAUGUACCAAGCGUACAUUAAGGCUGUAAUCUCACGCUACCGGACAUCCACUGCAGUCUUUGCAUGGGAACUUGCCAACGAGCCCCGCUGUAAUGGUUGCCAGACCUCCGUCCUCACCAACUGGAUUCGUCAAACAUCAGACUACAUUCGCUCGCUCGAUAGCGACCACAUGAUUGCUAUUGGCGAUGAGGGUUUCGGUCUCACCGGCGAUGGCUCGUACCCCUACCAAUCCGGCGAAGGUCUCGACUUCGCCGCCAACCUCGCCCUGCCCAACGUGUCAUUCGGCACUUUCCACCUCUACCCCAGCUCAUGGGGCACGACAAAUGCCUGGGGUAAUGGGUGGAUCACGGCACACGCGAAGAUCUGCGCACAGCUCAACAAGCCAUGUUUGUUCGAGGAAUAUGGCGUUGCGACUGAUCACUGCACUGUGGAAAGCGACUGGCAGAAGACAAGUUUGGCGGCAAAGGAUAGCGGCAUGGCGGCGGAUCUGUUUUGGCAGCUUGGCGAUACUGUUAAGAGUACGGGGCAGCAGACGUCUAAUGACGGGAAUACGAUUUACUACGGUACUUCGGAUUGGACGUGUUUGGUCGAUAAUCACGUUAAGGCGAUUGGAUAA